CACUUUUGUUCCUUCUGGCUUUUGUCGCCCAACGUUCUCGAUCGAUCGGCCCUGCAGUCGCCUGUCCAGCCAUGAACCCCCUCGCCGUCCGCUCCUGGGCAUUCGCCUCUCUGGCUCUUGCGUCCCUCUUGGCCGCCGCACCCGCUGGCCACGAUCUGAACGCUCUCCGACCCUACAUCGGUGGCCACCAGGCCGCCAACCUGGCCACGCUCCCCUCGCUGCAGAUUCCUCCCCCCAUGCCCAAGUCCUGGCCGCCGGAUGAUCAGCAGCACUUUAUCCCUGCCUCGUUCCUCGCCGACCCCCUUGUCCAAGACGCCCUGGCCUAUGUGCAAGCCGUGGUGCCCGCCAGUAUCCUCAACAUCCCUGUGUCGACCUACGUCAGCGGACCCACUGUCAAAUAUCUCUCUGAUCCCGUCGCCAACUGCUACUGGCCCGCGAAUCAAUGCGUUCGCACCACUGCCACCGCAAACUACAAGCCCGAUGUCUUCCAGUGCCCCCAGCAGAGCACAUGGGGAAUCUCCUUUGACGACGGACCGACCAACGACACCGUCAACCACUACGACUCCAUUGCCAUCCGCGCCCAGCUCGACAAGAUGAAAAUCAAGGCUACCUUCUUCAUUGUCGGAACAAACCUCAUCGAGAGCCCAAACAUUGUCCUGGACGAAUACAACGACGGCCACCAGAUCGGCGUCCACACCUGGACCCACCAUCCCCUCACCUCGUGCACCAACGAGCAGAUCGUUGCCGAGAUCAAGUACACCGAGGCCCUGAUCUACAAAACCAUCGGCCAAGUGCCCAACUUUUUCCGCCCUCCCUAUGGUGACAUUGAUGACCGUGUCCGCUCCAUCCUUGGUGCCCUCGGCUACACCAUCACCAUCUGGGACAAGGACGACUUUGCCGCCGACCAGGCCACCACCUCGACUGCCAUCGCGCAGGGCCUGAUCAACAACGUCACCUCGCAGUGGCUCCUCCCCAACCAGCCCGGAUUCGUCUCCCUCAGCCACGACAUCACCCCGUUCACCAGCGAGGUUGUCCUCGGCUACCUCAAGUACAUUGAUGCAAACCGCGCCAGCAUUCCGCUGACCAUCGAGCCCGUCGGAACCUGCGUGAACCAGCCCUGGUACCGCUCCAACUCGACCUCUGCCACCUCAAGCGCGUCCUCGUCCGCUGCUGGUGCCUCGGCCACCGGAGCCUCCGGAGCCGCGAGCACUGCAGCCUCCACUGCUCCUGCCGGUAGCCUCAGCGCCUCCGGUGCCGCUUCGACCCGAGCCAUGUCAGCCAGCACCAUUGCAACGGCCCUUGCCACCGCGGCAUUCGCUCUCAUUGCCGUGCUCGCCUAA